GUGAGCGAUGAGGCGGAGGAGGACCGAAACUGCUGGGAUUUUUCCCCCCCUGGAUACAAAGCGGAAGUGACAGGUCGGAGGAGAAAUGGAUGACACAUGACCGGGCCAACUUGACGCCUUAUCGACGCCGAUGGAUUCGACGUUUGCCGCCUGCUUGUUGGCUUCGUCAGGGAGCCGCGUGGAUCCAAAAGCGAGAUUUUAACAGCGAUGCUAGCGCCUAGCAUGCUAGCAUGUGUGUUUGACGUGUCGUGGUUAACGUUCAAGGUGAAAAAAACAACUUUUUGGUUCAAACAAAAACGUUCCACCGGUGUUUUGUUUUUUACGACGACGGACUAAACCGUCGAGACACUUCCGUAGCUGGCUAGCGCACCUAGCUAUAACCGAGUUAAGCUAAUAGUUGUUUACUCCCCCCCCUGGCUCGACUUGAGACUAAUAAUGCAUCGCAGUGUGGACUGCAAGCUUCACGCCAUCGCAUGGAUGUGAGAAAAUACUCCUCUCUGGAUCCGUGUGUGCCUCACCUAAGUUCUUUUUAACAUCCAAAUUGACCAGCAGAAAUGCGUAUUUCGUCGUUUCUGGCCGUGUUCAGGCCUGUUUUGCCCCUGAUCCUCGGGCUGUCUCUGGGCUGCAGCCUGAGCCUCUUGAUGGUCUCCUGGACUCAGGGGGACUCGGAGGAUUCCUGCAAGGACGAGCAGGUCAACGGGAAGCUGUACCUGGGCAGGGGGGAUGUUCACAGGGACUCGAUGGACGGAGACGAGAAGGAGGACUUCCAACCACGUAUAGUGCCCUACCACAAGGACCCCAACAAGCCCUACAAGAAAGUACUGAGGACUCGUUACAUACACACAGAGCUGGGCAUCAGAGAGCGCCUCCUGGUGGGCGUUCUGACCUCGCGGGCAACCCUCAACACGCUGGCGGUGGCGGUCAACCGCACGGUGGCCCACCACUUCCAACGCACCUUCUUCUUCACGGGCCUGCGCAGCCCCAAGGUGCCGCACGGCAUGGCGGUGGUCGCUCACGGCGACGACCGCCCCGUGUGGCUGAUGUACGAGACGGUGCGCCACCUCCACCAGCACUACAGUGCCGACUACGACUGGUUUCUGCUGGCCCAGGACGACACGUACAUGCAGGCGCAGCGCCUGUCUGAGCUUGUGGGACACCUGAGCGCCGGCCAGGACCUUUACAUGGGCCGGGCGGAGGAGUUCAUCGGCGGGGAGGAGAAGGCGCGCUACUGCCACGGAGGUUACGGAUACCUGCUGUCCCGCAGCCUGCUGGCACGUCUGCAGCCACACCUGGACUCAUGUCGCAACGACAUCCUCAGUGUCCGGCCCGACGAGUGGCUGGGCCGCUGCAUCAUCGACUACCUGGGCCUCAGCUGUGUGGAGGUCCACCAGGAUAUGACGUAUCGUUACUUUGAGCUGGGGAAAAACGCUGAUCUAGAGCGUGAAGACAGCAUGCAGUUUAAAAACGCCUUCACCGUCCAUCCGGUGUUGGAGCCUAACCUGAUGUACCGCCUGCACAAGCGCUUCAGCCAGAUUGAACUGGAGCGGACAUACAUGCAAAUACAGGAGUUGCAGAUGCAGAUCAACAACCUGAGCGACUUGACGCCAGAGGGCAAGGCGGGCGUCACAUGGCCGGUGGGCGUUAACCCCCCCUUCCAUCCCAGAACGCGCUUUGAGGUGAUCAACUGGGAAUACUUCACAGAGGAGCACAUCUACUCCUGCGUGGACACUUCCCCCAAGUGCGAGAUGAGAGGUGCCGACCGCGCUGAUGUCAACUCGGUGCUGGAGAUCGCCGUGGAGCGCCUGAACGAGCGCUACCAGCCGCAGCUGCGCUUCCUCAAGCGGCGCCUGCUCAACGGCUACCGCCGCUUCGACCCGACCCGCGGCAUGGAGUACGUGCUGGAUCUGGCGCUGGAGGCGUACACCCAGAAGGGCCACAGCCAGGUCAUCGCCAAGCGGGUCAACCUGCUGCGGCCACUGAGCGCCGUGGAGAUCAUCCCCAUGCCGUACGUGACGGAGGCCACGCGGGUACAGGUCAUCCUCCCCGUCACCGCCCAGGAUCAGGACUAUGUGGGGAACUUCCUGGACAUGUACGUGAUGAACACGCUGGACACGCACGACAACGUCCUGCUCACAUUCCUCUUCAUCUACGACCCCUUUGAUGCCCAGCGGGUCAGCCAGACGGACGUGUUUGCCGGCGUCAAGGCCAUGAUCGGCGAGGUGGAGAAGCGCUACGGUGACGUCAAGAUCCCCUGGAUCAGUGUCAAGACGGAGGUUCCCUCACAGGUCAAGCUGAUGGACAUCAUCUCCAAAAAGCACCCCGUGGACACGCUCUUCUUCCUGGCCAGCGUGUGGACCGAGGUCAACGCCGACUUCCUGAACCGCUGCCGGAUGAACGCCAUCAGCAGCUGGCAGGUCUUCUUCCCCAUCCACUUCCAGGAGUACAGCCCGGCUGUGGUUUACCGCGACCAGCCGCCGUCCGCCGCCUCCGCCUCCUCCUUCGCCUCAGAGUCGCUGCGAGACGGCCACUUCGACCGCCGCGUCUUUGACGAGGCCUGCUUCUACAACGCCGACUACAUGACCACGCGCAGCAAGAUGGCGGCUGACAUCCUGGACAACGAGGAAAUGCUGGAGAGCAUGGACGUGUACGACAUAUUCGUCCGCUACUCCGGCCUGCACGUUUUCCGAGCCGUGGAGCCGGCGCUGGUCCAGAAGCACGUGCGGCGAGCGUGCAACCCGCGCUUCAGCGAGGACAUUUACCAUCGCUGCGUCCUCAGCAACCUGGAGGGGCUGGGCUCACGCUCCCACCUCGCCAUGGCGUUAUUCGAGCAGGAGCAGGCCAACAGCACUUAGCUACCAAGGUCCAAAUCAUUCCUAAGCUUUUUUACUUGAACAACCAACCAGACAAUAUUUACACUACACACAACUUUUACUCUAAAGAUGCCAACAAUGGAUGUAUCAUUCCAAACUAACAAGGCGAGCUGAACUGCACUCCUUCCUUUUAUACAUCCUGCUGGAAAUUAGUUGAAACCAUUUGCUGCCUUUUUUGGGGGGGAAAUGUGUUUUUCUGAAAUAUAAAAUAUGAAAUCCGGGAGUUUCCAAAAAAGCGGACUCUCCACCAGUGCCCGGGCCGCCAACUCGCCAGACGUGCACUGUGGCUUAUAUCUGCGGAACAAAGCUGAAUGGGUCACUUCACUCAGCGCUUAGCUCCCCACCUGCAUCACCCAAGGGAGGAGCCCACUGUGAAAGGCGUCUUUUUCCUGGCUGAGUGGAACACAUGACACACACACACAUUCCAUACACAGCUUGUGUGUGACAGCAGCUUACAUAAUGCCUGCCAUACUUCAAUAAUGACUCAGUAGGGGUGUGACUCUUUGGGCACCUAACGAUUCGAUUCAGAAUCCAUUAUCGAUUCCAACCGAUUCUUGCGAUGUAAUAUUUGCUGUAGUAACUAUAAUGAAACUUCAAGUUCAUAAAAGCUCCUUGUAGUUGCAUGGAGAUGGCCUAAAAACAUUUUUUUUAAUUGAUUCUUAUUUGAAAAAGUGUUUUUUCCAAUUUUUGAAAAUUAUGAAAUUAUUUAGAAUUGGGAUGAAUAAGAAUCACGAUUCAUAGUUGAUUUUUUUUUUUUUUUUUUGCACCUGUAACACUCCUUAGGGGUGUGAAUCUUUGGGCACCUAAGGAUUUGAUCUGAUUCUGGUUCCUGGUGUGACAGUUGGAUUCAGAAUCGAUUUUCAUUUCAACACGAUUCUCGAUUCAAACAGAUUCUCGCAAUGUAUAAUAAUUAUAAUGGAACUUUUUGAAGGUUAGAAAAGCUCCUUCUGGUUGUGUGGAGAAAAAUAAAGAAGAAAUAUAUUUUUUAAUCUAUUUUUGAACAUUUAGAAUCGGGAUGAAUAAGAAUUGUGAAUCGAUUUUGUUGUGCACCCCUAACACUCAUACUGAAAUAAUGACACUCCUACUUCAAUAAUGACACUGCCAUACUUGAACGACACAAAGACACUCAGCACGUUGUGGCAUUUACAAACUUUGGCAAGCGCUUGUUUAUUUAUUUACAUCCAGUCCGUCUCACAAAGUUACCCCACAUUUUUUUUUUUUUUUUUGCUCCUGGCACUUUUGUAUCUUUUUUCAGCAUUAAACAAACUGAGGAGCAGCACUCUCCCUUUAAAAACAUGCUAUGUGAGUGAACACCAUAAGGAGCUAAUGAGUCACAGCUGUAUGACAUCUACAAAAUAAAAGAAAUAAAAAACUAUUGCUAAUGCAAUAAUAAAAAACACUAAUUUGCUGGUAGCAAGUUAUUUUUUGGCAACAAAAAGUUCCAGAAGGCCGCUGUGCCACCCGUACUAAUAUAUUUACAUUAUAGCGUUCAGAAGUCCACAGAGCAUGCAUAGGCCAUCGUGAAGUGAGUGUGAGGGUGUCGCUCGCCUGCGAUGAAAAACGGCAGAGAAUUUACAGCACAGUGCAAAGGAACCACCAGCGUGUUCCUACUGAGGAUACAACGUCCUCUGUGGGACAUGACAACAUUUACUGUACAUACUAGCCAUUACAAAGAAGGUGGAAAAUGGUGCAGAUUAGAUGUUAGAGCUACUAAGAUUUCACAGGAAGAGAAGGGAGGUCUCACUCUGUUGCAGCAUCUGGCUCAAAAAGAAGCCUUAAACAAGACUGAAGUACAUAAACAUAUUUACAUUCACAUAGCUCGCACGUUGAAAAUGUAACACUUAGUGUAAAAGAAAGCAGAAGUUUGUCAGCACAAGGAGCUCCCAAAAAAAGUGAGACACAAUUUGGUGGCCCGAGUGGGAUGUCUAUUUCUGCUUCAGUGAUGAACCUUUGGUAAUCUUUAUGACAUAACACCAGCCAAUCCUUUUUUUUUAAUGCUAUGAUUGCUUGAAGAGCAUUCUUUUCGUCACUCAACACUUCAAUUGAUUUGCAUAACACUGAUGUGGGAACUUUGGAAGUCUUCUGAUUUAGGAACAGAAUGUGGAUCUGAGCCGAGGAUGUUGCUGUGGCUUUUGCAGCCCUUUGAGACACUUGUGAUUUAGGGCUAUAUAAAUCAACCUUGAUUGAUGCAUUUAAAUUAGGAACAGUGGAUAGCUGCAGGAGCCAUUGCUGGUGUGGUUACUUUAAAACACGACAAAACGCACGUACCCUCUGAGCCUAAAUACACAAAGCAGUGCAGGUAGGCUUUACGUAAUUACCUGCACUGAGUCAAGUUCUGCUCGGAAGCCCCCUUUGUUUUUUGUACUCCCUUUUUUAAUACCCUCUCCUCACUGCGCCUGCGCAAAAUGGCUGACCAGGCCGGCCAAAAUCAUACUGGCCAACGAUGUUUUCACGUGUAAAUAUGUGCCUGUGUCCCAUUAUUCUUCAUUUUAGGCACAUACCAUGUCCCAUGAACAUAAUAAAUUAAAGACAAGCUUACUUUUUGUAGUAAGCGAUCCUUUUUAGCAUUCCUAGUUCGGGUCACCGAGGCCGGAAAUGUUUUCUUCUUCUUGACUAGUUUGACAUUCGGUAACAUUUUGAAACGAGCACUACCGACGCCUACAGGGCCAAAGUGGAACUGCAACGACCUUGACAUACAAUCGAGAACGUUCUCUUUUACACAGACAAAAUUAAUGUAAAAAUGUUAAUUAGGGGGUUUCAGAAAUGUUUUGCAUCAUAUGGAGAGCUGUUUCUAACAUUUACUACCUUAUUUAGCUACAUAACUCAGGGUGGCAAAAUAUUAGAAAGCUUUCAGUGUGACAAUGUACCUAAUGUUGUGACCUUCCAAUUUGGAAUUGUUUGGCCUCAGCAAAUAUACCCAAACACGCACACACACAUUGUUUAGGUAUUGCGGACCGCCAAGGCCUGCUCUAGCUCCUGUCUCCUCUGCUGGAUCUGUUGGGAGAAGUAUAUGAAAAUAUGAUCGAGGGAAUAUGAGGGAGGUUUUGGGACACCAUGAGGUGACGUUUACUCACCUUACAGUAGAAGUAGCGGCUGACCGCCUCCUGGGACCAGGGCUCAUGGUAGAAGGCCGCCCUGCGCUCCUCCUCGGGGUUCCCCACCACGUCCGUCAUUAGCUACAAGAAGGAGAAAAAAAAGGAGCUUCAAUCCUAAAUGUGACCAAGACGGAGGACACCAGCUGUUGUUGAGCGUAUAAAAAGCAGCAAGUGAACCUUGAGGUCUCUGCUCUGGGACUUGAGCCAGUCCUGAAUGUAGCCUUUGGGGUCUCGGGAGAAGCUGAGCAUGAAGUCCCUCUGGAUCUUCAACUGGUUGAUGGACUCGAUGGUCUCAUGGAUCUGGAAAAAAAAGGAAAUGGAUCAAACAAAAAUAAACACACAAAAUAAAUGUAUAUAAAUACAUUUGUUCAUAAACCGCACCUUGUUGUCCAGUGUGGCGAUUUCCUGUUGGUUGGCGGUGGACAGGAGGAAGCUGCUCAUUUGGCUCUUCAGGGGGUCUUCCACCUCCACGUCGAUGUCGUAGCAGGCCGUCUUCUUCUGGUCGUUAGGGUCCACACUAAAGGUGGGCGAUUCCAAUAUUGAUAUUAUCCAUACCAUGGCAAUAUUGAUAUUUGAUCCCAGUGUGAUAAGAUUGUAUUUUUUUAAAAAUAUAUUCUGUUUAUAUUUACAAAUAUCUGUGUAUAAUUUUGUUUAAAACGUAAAGGUGGGUUUUGAACAUGGAUAUUAUCGAUACUAGAGCAGUAUCAGAAUUGGAUUGGUGUGAUGAGAUCAUAUUUUUUUUAAGGUACAUUCUGUUUAUUUGCACAAAAAUCUUUGUUUAUGCAAAAAUGUACACCGAUAUUUGUGACAAUAAAAAUAACAUAACUCCAAAAAAUACAAUCUCAUCACACUAGUAUCAAUCUAAAACUGAUACUGCCCUGGUAUCAAUGAUAUCUACUACUUUAUAUAUUUACACAAGAAUCAUUGUCUUUUUGGUCUUUUUUUGGUUUGUAACUGGAUUGUGUGCAAAUAAUUUACAAUAUAAUAACCCUGCAAGAAUAAAAGCUGCUUAAUAAACAGACCAGCAUGAUUGUU